AUGCACUUUUCUCCCCUUCUUAUCUCUGCAGCUGCAACUUUGUUCGCUGCAUGCACAUCUGCAGCUGCGGUUCCCGACACUUUGGAUAAGAGAUCCGAAGGCUUUCUUGAGCUUGAAUUUGACGUUGUCACCAACAUUACUGAUCCCGAGUUAGUGGGUCUCAGAAGGAGAUCUGGUCCUACCACCAGAACGUUGUAUAACCAACAUGGCUAUUACAUCACUUAUAUCUAUAUUGGAUCGAACCAACAAAAGAUUGGCGUUGAUAUCGACACUGGUUCAUCUGAUUUGUGGGUGGUUGAUUCCAGAUCUGGAUGUGCCGAUAACUCAUGCCAGUAUGGGGACUACAAUCCAUCUCAGUCGACCACUUCCAGGAAACUUAACCUGCCAUUUUCAAUCGUUUAUGGCGAUCACUCAACAGCCAAGGGAUCUUAUUACCAAGACACUAUUGCCUUGGGUACUUGCAAAUCGUGUGCCAAGGUGACCAAUGCUCAAUUUGCUUCUGCUACAACCAAUACCGCUGGAUUUGGAGUUUUUGGUAUUGGUUUCACGUCCAACGAGGCUUCUUACAACGAAUAUCCCAACUUUAUCGAGCUGUUGAAGAGCCAAAAAUUGAUUAAUAAGAGAGCCUAUUCUCUCUACUUGAACCAAGAAAAUGCUGCCACCGGAUCGAUAAUUUUUGGAGGUAAAGAUCUUGCCAAGAUUGAUGGUAAAUUGGUGACAUUGCCCAUUGUCUCCAAUAGUCGUCUUUCUGUAAAGUUGAAUAGUGUCAACAUCAAUAGCAAGACAAUCACCACCAACAGUGAAACACUUAUUGAUUCGGGUACCACCUUUGCAGCAUUCAACCAGCAACUUGGAGAUGCCAUUUUCUCAAAUUAUCCAGGUGCUCAUUAUAAUGAAGACAUUGAAACUUAUCUUUGCGACUGCAGUGCCAACCCUAAUUUGAUGUUGACAUUCAACUUUAAUGGAAUUUCGUUUCAACAGUCGCUCGCUGCUGCUUGGCUGACAAACAUUUCCGAUGACACAACCAACUAUGGAUGUGGCUUUUAUAUUGGAAGAGCCGAAAUUAACAUUCUUGGAGACAUGUUUAUGAGAAACGCUUAUACUGUGUUUGACUAUGAUGCCAACACCAUCUCGCUUGCUCAUGUCAAGAACACCGAUGCCAAGAAUGUCGUAGCUAUCUAG